AUGUGGAUUUCUCCUGGGACCUCGUGGGCCAGUCUCGCCGCCGCGGCGCUGCUGUGCCUGCGCACCGCAUCCGCCGUCACCAUCAGCGACAUCAACGGCGACGCUUUCAUCUCGCCACUCAAAGGCCAAGCCGUCACCAACGUGACCGGCCUCGUCACCGCCAAAGGACCCUCGGGCAUCUGGAUCCGCUCGCCCACUGCGUCCGAAAGCGUCGGGUCUGACUCCAUCUAUGUCUUCUCCAGCAGUGUCGGCGCCAACCUUACUGUCGGCGACGAGAUCCGGCUCGAUGCCACCGUCGCCGAGUACCGAUCCUCGUCCGCGUAUCUCUACCUCACCGAGCUGUCCUCGCCCAAGAACGUCGUUCGUAUCUCCUCCGGAAAUGCCGUCGAGCCUGUCUUCGUCGGCGGCGUCAGGUCACCGCCGACGGAGCAGUACUCGAGCCUGGAUGGUGGCGACGUCUUUGCCGUCCCGAACAACGAGAGCCAGAUCUCCGUCGUCAACCCCACGCUGCAGCCCGAGUUGUACGGCAUGGACUUCUGGGAGAGCCUGUGCGGUGAGCUGGUGACGAUCGAGGCGCCGGUGGCGCUAGCGAAGCCGAAUUCCUACGGGGAGGUGUGGGUAAGGGGCAACUGGACGGUGACGGGCUUGAACGGGAGGGGCGGUCUGACCAUGACAGAUGCCGACGCCAACCCGGAAGCCAUCAUGAUCGGCGACGCCCUAGACUCCACCACGCACCCCACCACCAUCAAGCUCGGCGACACCCUCUCCGACAUCACCGGCGUCGUCACCUACGCCUUCGGCUCCUACUACCUCCUCCCCACCACCGCCCUCGCCGUCCUCGCCUCCCCCCCCCCCCCCCUCCCCCCGCCCACCACCCUCGCCUCCACCAACUCCUGCUCCGGCCUCACCUUCGCCUCUUACAACGUCGCCAACCUCUGGGCCAACUCCUCGCACCUCCCCACCAUCGCCUCCCACAUCGCCGUCCACCUCCGCUCCCCGGACCUCCUCUUCCUCCAAGAAAUCCAAGACGACAGCGGGCCCGCGACCUCUGACGGCAUCACGACCUCCAACCGCACCCUCGCCGCCCUCGUCGCCAGCAUCGCCUCCCACGGCGGGCCCGCCUACGCCUUCGCCUCCAUCGACCCCGCCUUUCCCGACGCCGACGGCGGCCAGCCCGGCGCCAACAUCCGCCCCGCCUACCUCUACAACCCCGCCCGCCUCGCCCUCCUCAACCCCAACCCGGGCAACGCCACGCAGGCGACCGUCCCCCUAUCGCCCUCUACCCUCUCCUUCAACCCCGGCCGCGUCGACCCCGCCAACGCCGCCGCCUGGACCGACAGCCGCAAGCCGCUGGCGGCCGUGUGGCGGACGCUGGACGGAGACGGAGAAGAAGGAGAAGGCAGGCUGUGGACCGUCAACGUGCACUGGGCGAGCAAAGGGGGGUCGAGCACGCUGGCGGGCGACGCGCGGGCGCCGGCGAACGGCGGGGUGGGGGUGCGGCGGGCGCAGGCGGAGGCGACGGCGGGGUUCGUGGCGGAUGUGCUGGCGGUGGAUCCCCUGGCGAGCGUCGUGGUGGCGGGGGAUUUCAACGAGUUUGCGUUUGUGGAGCCGGUGGUGAGGUUUGUCGAGGGGAGUGGUGCAUUGAGGGAUGCGGAUGUGGUGGCGGGGGUGGGGGAGGUGGAGAGGUAUACGUAUCUUUAUGAUGGGAAUUGUCAGCAGUUGGAUCAUGUGUUUGUGAGCGAGGCGGUGGCGGGGAAGGGGGUGGAGUUUGAGCAUGUGCAUGUGAAUACGUGGGCGGGGGCGGAGGGGAUGGCGAGCGAUCAUGAUCCGAGUGUGGGGAGGGUGAAUGUUUGUGUUUGA